CAUAUCCGGCCAGUUGGUAGAAGAAACUCUUGUUAAUAUUGUCAAAGAGAGAUGGGGCGCAGCAGUGUAAUGAGGAGGAGCAGAUGCAGAUUGAUGAACUGGGCGGCCUCUGAUACGAGGAGGAGGAGCAGAAGCCAGCAGCAGGCAUUCUCAACCUCCUCCUCCUCCGAAACUGGAAAAUCACUCAACCUCUACUCUGCCAUCAACCAAGCGCUCCACAUCGCCUUGGAAACUGAUCCACGUACUUAUGUAUUUGGAGAAGAUGUGGGCUUCGGUGGGGUCUUCCGUUGUACCACAGGCUUGGCUGAUCGCUUUGGUAAACAAAGGGUUUUCAAUACCCCUCUUUGUGAACAGGGCAUUGUAGGAUUUGGUAUUGGUCUCGCAGCUAUGGGCAAUCGAGCUGUUGCAGAAAUCCAAUUUGCAGAUUAUAUUUUUCCCGCUUUUGAUCAGAUUGUCAAUGAAGCUGCAAAAUUCAGAUACCGUAGUGGAAACCAAUUUAACUGUGGAGGCUUAACCAUAAGAGCGCCCUAUGGAGCUGUAGGCCACGGUGGACAUUACCACUCACAAUCUCCUGAAGCUUUUUUCUGUCAUGCUCCUGGUAUCAAAGUGGUCAUUCCUAGAAGCCCACGACAAGCAAAAGGCUUAUUGCUUUCCUGUAUACGCGAUCCAAACCCUGUUGUGUUUUUUGAACCAAAGUGGUUGUACAGAUUAUCAGUAGAAGAGGUUCCUGAGCACGAUUUCAUGUUGCCGUUAUCAGAGGCUGAGGUAAUACGAGAGGGCAAUGAUAUAACACUUGUUGGGUGGGGAGCUCAAUUAUCUGUAAUGGAACAGGCCUGUCUAGAUGCUGAAAAAGAUGGAAUUUCAUGUGAACUGAUAGACCUGCGUACUCUGAUACCUUGGGAUAAGGACACAGUAGAGGCUUCUGUCAAAAAGACUGGAAGGCUUCUUAUUAGUCAUGAAGCUCCAGUUACUGGAGGAUUUGGUGCCGAAAUAGCAGCUUCAAUUGUUGAAAGUUGCUUCUUGAGGUUAGAAGCACCAGUCUCAAGAGUAUGUGGUCUGGAUACCCCCUUCCCUCUUGUGUUUGAACCUUUCUAUAUGCCCACAAAGAACAAGAUAUUGGACGCAAUUAAAACAACUGUAAAUUACUAGUACUGUAAAAUUGCAAGCAUGCUGCUUUCUCUCUCUUCCUAGGCUAGGGGUUAUUGCUGCAUAAUCGUCUUGCAAAUAAAAUAAGAUGGGAGUGUGGGAAUAAUGUAGCAGUAGCCGGUAUGCUGGAGAUUAUGACGGGACCAUGAUUUACCACAAUAGUGUGCGCGCGUAGUGAAUGUAAUGGGGUGGCUUUUGAGUGCGACAACAAGCAUAAGCUACCCCUUGCGGCCUUGGCUAAUGAUAUUCUCCAAUAAAGCGCACAAUGUCUUUACCAAGAUUAGACGAUACGAGCAAGACUGCACGUAAACUAUCCAUUGAUUCCUUAUAUACUCAAUUGAUUGGUUACUCAGUUUUAUGUCCAAGACUGGAGAAAAAUCAAGAAAUUGGAAUUUGUUUUAUCA